ACUUGUUGUUAUUCAUAAUGGAGCAGUAUAUUAUGAUAUCCAUAUCUUCUACUAAUACGAACUAGUUAGGGUUGACCGUACUAUCUUGUUGGUCCUCAUGUGACUAGUACUAUAUAUAUAAUUAUAAUAUACCAUAGUUUCCGUAAUGUUUUGUUUAGAUUUGGUUCACAUGAGUGUUCAUUGUGUAAAUCGUAAAGUACCCAUUGUUUUUAUGCCUUUAAUGAUGUCCCAGAAGGGAGAUUUGUUCUUCUCAUCUGGAUUAAAUCAGAAUAUAUAAUGACGAGACAAAAAAUAGAGAUUAAGAAGAUAGAAAAUUUGACGGCAAGGCAGGUGACGUUUUCUAAGAGAAGGAGAGGGCUUUUCAAGAAGGCUUUAGAGCUUUCAACUCUUUGUGAUGCUGAGAUUGCUCUCAUUGUGUUUUCAACUACUGGAAAGCUCUAUGAUUAUGCCAGCUCAAGUACGCAACAAGUGAUUGAAAGGCAUAAUUCCCAUUCAGAAAAUCCUCAAAAAGUGACCCAACCAUCUGUUGAUUUGCUUGAGAAUGAAAGAAAACGAUAUGCAUCACUGAGGAAGGAGCUUGAAAAAAAGACAAAGGAACUUAGGUACAUUAAGGGAGAAGACCUUCAAGAACUAAGCCUUGAAGAAUUAAAGCAACUAGAAAAAUUAGUUGAGAAUAGCUUUAGCCGUGUCAUUGAAUUUAAGGAUCAAAAGAGUCUAAAAGAGAUUACAUUUCUUCAAAAGAAGGGAAUCAAGCUACUGGAAGAUAACCACCGAUUACAACAGAAAACAAAUGUGGCAAAAGUUGGAGAUGCAUUUGAGAAAAGCUUAAUUGACUCAACCUCAAAUAAUAAUAUGUUCAAUACAGAGAAUUCUGCUCCUCAACCUGAUCAAGAUCAUCAUCAUCAUCAUCAUCAUCAUGGCUCCUCAGAUACUACUCUCAAACUGGGGUUACCGUUCCCCAAUUGAAGUUUAAAGGCAGGUCAUCAGUAGUUGUAUGUAGUUAGAUUUUUUAUUAUGAGAGCUGAGGCUUUCAGAUGCUGAUUAAAAGUGUUUAGUGUAAUUAAUUUCAUUUGAAAUAAGACAAGUGUAAUAAAAUAUGUUGCCAAAUAUAUCUUAUAUUUUCUAUCAUUUAUAAUGCUGAAAAAAAGGGAAUAUACUUAUUUUGUACCUUA